AUGCAGCCCGGCCGUAUGAGCCAGGAGCUGGAGGCUAUCUUCAGGGAGCUUGGUAUCGUCCAGUAUCUCGACACGUUUGUGGAGCAAGGCUUUGAUACUUGGGAAACCAUUCUCGAUAUACAAGAGUCUGAUCUUGAUACUUUAGGGGUCAAGCUAGGCCAUCGCAGAAAACUUCAGCGGCGAAUUGCCAACGCAAGGGGAAUCGAUCCUAGUAUCUCACUCUCAUCCAUAAAAUCCACCUCGGAGGAACCAAAACUUGAUGGAGCUCAUAAAAAGAGAGAGCCUCCUAGCCAAGGCGGAGAUAGCAUUAUAGUUCCGAAGCGCAAAUAUCGGCGACAUCCCAAGCCCGAUGAGCAUGCACCUGAACGACCCAUGUCCGCAUAUGUGCUCUUCUCAAAUAAGUUGAGGGAAAACUUGAAAGGAGACCGCAGUCUUUCGUUCACAGAAAUAGCCAAGCUAGUCGGAGAAAAUUGGCAGAGCCUCCCAUUAGAAGAGAGGGAGAUAUAUGAAGCCCAGGCAAGAGCCAGCAAAGAGCGAUUUUACCGCGAGAUGGCAGUCUACAAAGAGACGCCCGAAUACCGCAAGUAUUUGGAAUAUCUCGAAGAAUUCAACGAGAAGCAAGCCAAACCUAAUCAAGGUAUGUAUCUGCUGUUGGAAAGGAGCAGUGUACUCUUUGAUUUCCCUCUCACCACUCUUGUCCAACCGGAGCUGAUUGAUUCCAAACUAGGCAACGAGGAUGCCAAACGAGCAAGACUGGAGAAGAAUGAACUCUUGCACGGGAGUAGUAGUGCCGGAAGUAGCACCGUGGGCAGCAGCACAGCGAUGGGUGGCUCAACAUCAACUAUCAGUGGCAGCAGCAGUGAGAGAAUGCGUGAAAGUGAAUCUCGAGAGCCCCCGAAUCUUCGGCAUAACAGUGGGAACUCGAUCUUGUCUGCUUCGGACUCGCAGCAUUCUCCGGUAGCCUCGAUGCCAUCUCCAGCGGCGACACACUUUGACGUCGACAUGACCGCGAAAAACAAGUCAAGCCAUUUGCGAAGAGGCUCCUCGUCAUUAAGGGGAAUAGCACACCAAGCCGAUGUACCACAGCCAUACUUACCACCACUUGCGGAUAUGUUGGCCCCCGGACAAAGGAAAACAAGCGGCCCGGUGACUGAGAAUGCCGGGUUUAUGCAUGGCUUUGCAACAGCUAACCCCAGAAUGCCUGUAUCCCACGGAACACACUCGCUGCCACUCGCUCCAGUACCGCCACUCUACCAUGAGGCGUCCUCCAGUGGCAGCAGCGUACCGACAACGUCAAGCCUAGUUAGUCGUAAAUUGAGCGAUGGUCAUCUGUCAAUCCAUGCACUAUUGUCAGACCAUGAUCAAACUCCUCACCACAGAGACGAGAGCCCGUCGUAUACGACUAGCUACGUUGCUAGUCCAGUCGAGCGAGGGAGGUCAGCCUUUGGACAAUUUCAGGGUCCUAAGGGAUACGGUACCGAGUCCUUUCGAACUGACAAGUCUUUGUAG